UUUAAAGAACAAUACUGUGGAUGCUGAAUCAGCAUUCACACUAAUAAUAAAGAGUCAAAGAACAAUACUGUGGAUGCUUAAUUAGCAUUCAGACUAAAAAAUAACAGAAUAAAACUUGACUCACCUAAAAAAAAGAAUCCUCAUUCAUAUAUGUCAUGUGACAGCCUAAUUCCUAUGACAUCAUACUACGAUGGUUCUUUCAGAUUAAAGGCACAUAUAUGCCUUUGAUCCAAAAGGCAUAAAUAGGGGUGCAAUCCUAAACUUUUAGUCCGUUUGUUCGCAGCACUCGUGUUCGCAGCAUUCAAAGUACGCCUUAGAAACAUUUUGAAACAGUUGGCUCUUUUACACAGUCAUUUUAUCAAGACUACAACAUGUCUGAAAGAAAACACAGCAAAAAACCACAAGCUUACGCUGGCUGUCCUCUCGAGGGUGCACAGCCAAAUUCCCCAGAUGACAUUUUAUCCGUCCGAAGGGCAUCUGCUGAAAGUAGGCAGGUAAACCAAACUCUAGAGGACAGGAUUAAACAAAUCCAAGCAGAGAAGAUUCAACUUGAAGAGCAGUGCAGACAAAUGGAGACCCAAAAUAAACAGCUGGAAGAAAGGCACAAUGGAUUUGUCAAGAACCAACAAGUCUUGCAAGUAAAGCUUAAUGAAGCACUGCACAGAAAUGCAGAAAUGGUUCAUGAGAAGAAAGAACUGGACACUAAAUACAGAGAACUGGAGGCCCGAAAUAAAGACAUGGAAGAAAGGCACAAGGAAAGUCUCAUGAACCAACAGAAGCAGACAGAAAAGAAGCAGAACAGCUACCAGCUUCAACAAGCACAAGCUGUUAAUCAGGAGAUCUGUGAGAAUCUCGAACACGCUGACAACAAGAAUCAGCAGCUGCAAGUACAGCUUGAUGAAGCCCUGGAGAAAAACCAAGAGCUUCUUCAGGAAAAAGAGCAACUGGAAAAAAUGCAGAAAAAGACACAACUUAUUCUCCAAGACUUAAAAAGGAAAAAUCUAGAACUACACGCAUGUCAUAAUGAAAUGAGGGAGAAAACCAUUGAACUAGAAGGAGAAAGGGGAAAACUGAAAAAACAAUGCUCAGGCAUGCAGUAUAGGAUCAAUGACAUGCUGAGAAAGAACGCAGAGCUCAAGGAACUUAAUAACAAGUUGAAGUGCAAAAACAAUAACAUGCAGGUUCAAGAGCAAGAACUGGAGAAAGCGCAUAAUGACCUGAAGUGUACGCUUCAAGAAAUCCAGAGCAGAAAUGAGGAGUUAGAAGACAUGUACAACAAAGUACAGCAGAGGAAUACAGACAUGCACGAGGAAAAGCUAAUACAGGAGGCAAAAUCUAAAGAUCUGAAAGAAAAGCUUGAAGAAAAACAAGCACAAUUACAAGAACUGGAGAAAAAAUGCAAGAAACUUGAGGAGGAAAUUACAGUAACAACCGAAGAACUGAAAACCCUCAUCCUACAGAAAAAAGAGCUCCAGGAACAGUGCCUGAAAAAGAAGAAGAAACGCUUCUGGUUUUUCAGGAGGAGGGACCCUCCUGCUUCCUCACCUGAUUAUAAGGUGGUGUAGCCUGGUCUUCCUCCACCGCUUUUCUAUCUCCUCACCCCUCUACCUCCCCUCUUGCCCUUUCUCUCCUUCCACCUCUCCAUCAUUCUCCAUUUUUUCCUUUCUCCCCUCCCUCACCCCCCAACUAGUCAAAGCAGAUGACCCUCCCUGAGCCUGGUUCUGCAAUAGGUUUCUUCCUUUAAAGGGAGUUUUUCCUAUCCACCGUCGCCGAGUGCUUGCUC